GGGCGAGGCAACGUUCUUUGGGGAAGGAUGGAACAGCCAGCUCCCAGCCCUAUUGAACUGAUUUUAAGUCCUCAUCUUUGGACCUGUGCUGUUUGUUGCUGGAUAAUUGGCCAUUCCACCGGUUAGAUCAUCAUAUUAAAUAUUUAGUAAAUGGAUGGAUGUGGAAGGGAAAUUCCAAGAGAGCAUUAAGAGCCACCCAAAGAGCAUGCUGAGUUUGUAUGAAGCUUCAUAUCUGAGAACACACGGAGAAACCAUAUUAGACGACGCGCUUGCUUUUACUACGGCCACUCUGAAAUCCAUGGUGCCAAACCUCGGAUCGCCCCUCAAGAAACAAGUUGUUCAUGCCCUCGUGCAGCCCUUGCAUUUGGGACUUCCUCGAGUUGAAGUGCGCAGUUUCAUCUCCAUCUAUGAAGAGGAAGACCACAAAAAUGAAACCUUACUCAAAUUCACCAAAUUAGACUAUAACCUAUUGCAAAUGAUACACAAAGAGGAGCUCCGGCAAGUCUCAAGGUGGUGGAAAGAAUUAGGUCUUAUGUCGAAAUAUCCUUACGCAAGAGAUAGAUUGGUGGAAUGCUUCUUUUGGGCUGUGGGAGUGUAUCAUGAGCCACAAUAUUCUCUUGCUCGUAUCAUGCUUACUAAGACCAUUGCUAUGACAUCUGUAAUAGACGACACAUAUGAUGCUCAUGCCACAAUCGAGGAACUCGAUGUUUUCACAGAGGCGAUAUUUUUUUAAGUAAGGAAACACGUGGUUGUAGAUUAAUUAUUACUAUUAGAUGUUGAAGCCAUUGUGAUAUUUUUUUCAUUCAACUGUAUUUGUGGUAAUUGUUCCAAAAUGGAGACAAGUGAUCUUAUUUUCAACUUGAGUUUAUAGAUAUAUAUAAAAAUUCCUUUUAUUUGGAUUA